CUGCGCCGAGCAUAGAGUACGCGGUUCUUAGCGCACCGCGUCCAAAUCCAAAUCCACCCUCUCAGUCGCAAACGAACAAUCAGUGUUGAGUUGGACGCGGUCCAUGUCGUUUUGAUAUUUCUGCUUGUGAGUGUGCUGGUUCCUUGGUGCGUUCAGUUCGCGUUCGCGAAGAUCCACUUAUCGUUAUCCUCAGCCGCGGCUUCUUUGAGCCCCAGCGGCUUUUGAAGGUCGCCGAAGUACGCCUGUUUUUGAAACUCGUCUGUGAGGAUAUUCGGUCUCGGCCCUUCUUGGAGUGGGCGGUUUGAACGAGGUGGUGAUGAUUGUCUCUGAAUAAUUUGAUGAUGGGAAGGUGUGAACGUAAUUAGUGAAUGAUGGGCUAUUAUACCUGAGGAUUACCAGUGAUUUGCCAGGUGAUAUAUUCUUUCGAGGAGUUUAUUUAAAUUAGUUUGUUGAUUUGGAUCCAUUGAUUUUUUUGAAAUUCAUUCGGUGUUAGUGCUUCGUGUUUGGACUAGGAAAAUAUUUGUGUUGUGCUAUUCAACCUUGAUAUUUUACAUUCUGAGAAAAUAGAAAGUGUUUACUAUCUUUUAGUGGAAAAAUCGCAGAAAGAAUUUUUUUUUGCGUCUGUUGCUCCUCGCUCUCAGUCAAAACAAGGGAAAAUUAGUCUUUUCGGAUCGUCAGCUCCUUGCAAAAUCAAAUGGAAAAUAUACGAGUACACCUAGGCGAAAUGAAAAAAUGGAAUCGUUUACGAAUGAUUAGUUUUUUCGUGAAAACAUCAGACAGACAACAAUAAAUAAAUCACUCGUGUGUGCUAACAGGACAGUAUAAACAUUUAAAUCUUCUAAUUGUAAAAAAGAAAAGUUCGCUGAAUUUCAAAACAAGUAAGUGCUGCCAAAGUGCUGAAAAUUUGUCAAUUUGUUCAUUCGGAAAAAUGGGGCCCACCUCGAAAACGACGGUUUCAAUGGCGAUCAGUUGGAUUAGUUUACUUCUAGUAUUAUUUUUAAAUUUAAAUUUGGCUGUGGCACGGCGGAUACCAACGACAACAUAUGACGAUGUCAUCCAAAUCAGUUUAGAAAACAAAGGUGAUAUAGAGGAAAAAGUAAUAAUUUACUCAAGAAUAGCGCUCAAAUGUGAGUUCGAUAAUCCAUUAUGGUUCAAAAAUGGAGAGAAACUUCCAGUGGAAAUUCGACGAAACAAAAUAAUCAAAUUCGAUAAAAUUAAGAAAACCGACGCUGGCAUCUACACUUGUCGAUCGGAGGACAAUAGAUCGUCCAAUUUAACACUCAGCGUUCUACCAGGCGGUGAAAUUAAGAAAAAUUUCAACAGCAAUAUGAAAGUGUUUUCGCAGGUUGCAGAGAACGUAACAGAACAAAAUGAACAUUUGGAUUUGAAUAAUGAUGACAAUGCAGAUGAUUCGGAGGAUUACACUGACAAGGAGCAAACUAAGGAGUCGAUUGAAGGCUUCAAACCCGUUUUUAGACUUAAGUCAAUGGUGAGGACCAUCGUGAAACCAUCAGGAAGCUACGUCAAAAUUAUUUGUUCAUUCGAUGCGCAUCCCACGCCCAAUGUUACGUGGACCAAAGAAGGAAAGCCCAUAACACGCACCAUGGGGGAAGUUCACUACAAAAAGUGGUCAGUGCAAAUGGAAGAUGUCAUUCCAGAGGAUUCCGGUCUAUACAAAUGUGAAGUGUGUAACAUAUACGGAUGCGUCGACUACACAACCAAACUGAUUAUUCAAGACAGGCUCCGAUCACGGCCAAUCAUAGCGGAAGGAUAUCCAAAAAACCUGACCCUUUUGGUGAAUAUGACUGGCAGAUUUGAAUGCAAGGUACUCACGGAUUUGGAGCCUUUUAUCACCUGGGUCAAACACGAUAUAAAUGGUCGCAAUGACAGUAACAUAACAUCAUCCGAGACUGUAAUAAGGACCUCAAUUGACGAAAUACGUAAUCACUCAAUCCCAGGAUAUGUAGUGUGCAAGACUGAUCCAGAAAUGCCACAUAUCCUACGAUUAGUGAAUGUUACGUACGAGGAUGAAGGAUGGUAUACCUGCGUCGCAGCAAAUAGUUUGGGAGCAUCAACCGCUAGUGCUUAUCUUCAUGUAACAGACGAAAUCAUCGUUAACGAAGCACCAUCCGUUGCAUCACUGCGGAACCAAUGGUUCACUGUCGCCACAGCACUAAUAAUUCUCCUAUGCUUCUUCGGCGCAAUAAUAAUGUUCAUGUUGCGAAAGUGGAGGCACGACAAACUUAUAAAGCACCGAAUGGAAACCGUCCACCAGUGGACAAAGAAAGUUGUCAUAUAUAAACCCAGCCCCGAAGGUGGUACCUCCGACGAAAUGAUUAUGCCCAUCAUUAAAAUCAAGAAGCAAAGGACAACCUUACUGCAGAACAGCAAUAGCGAUCCAGCUCCAUUCAAUGAAUACGAAUUCCCGUUGGACUCUACUUGGGAGAUACCGCGACAUCAGCUCGUUUUAGGCGAUACGCUAGGCGAAGGUGCAUUUGGACGGGUAGUUAUGGCCGAGGCACUCGGUAUUGAAGGUCACGGAAAAUCCACAAUUGUCGCCGUGAAAAUGGUGAAGGAGGGCCACACAGACGCCGAUAUGGCUUGCUUAGUCCGGGAAAUGGAAGUCAUGAAAAUGAUCGGCAAGCACAAGAAUAUAAUUAAUCUGUUGGGAUGCUGCAGCCAGGAUGGUCCGUUGUACGUAAUUGUGGAAUAUGCGCCAUACGGAAACCUUAAAGACUUUUUGAAAGCAAAUAAAAUGUGUCAAUUACCGGAUGAUCUUCGAUGCGGAGACGAGAAGGAUCAGAAGGUGCUAACGCAAAAGGACUUGAUUUCUUUUGCGUAUCAAGUGGCUAGAGGAAUGGAGUAUUUGGCAUCGAGACGGUGCAUUCAUCGCGAUUUAGCUGCUAGGAAUGUCCUGGUAAGCGACGAUUAUGUCAUGAAGAUUGCCGACUUCGGUCUUGCGCGAGAUAUCCAAGACACGGACUAUUACAGAAAGAAUACAAAUGGUCGACUUCCAAUCAAAUGGAUGGCUCCGGAAUCAUUACAGGAUAAAUUUUACGACACAAAAAGCGAUGUGUGGUCUUUUGGUGUGCUGCUAUGGGAAAUAAUGACCUUCGGUGACCAACCCUACCCGAAGGUUACAGCCGAGGAACUGUACGGCUAUUUGUUAGAGGGGAACAGGAUGGAGAAGCCAUACCGAUGCUCGUUGAACAUAUAUCUGCUCAUGCGACAGUGUUGGAAUUUCGAUGCCGACGCUCGUCCAAGAUUCAGUGAAAUAGUCGAGAAUUUGGAUAAAAUUCUAACUUCGACGGCAAACGCUAACGAGGAGUAUUUAGAUUUAAGUGUGCCCUUGUUAGAAACACCGCCCUCCAGUGGCGAUGAAUCCGAUACUGAAACUUUUAGGGAAACAUUACUGCGGUACCACUGAAUGUGUCCCUGAAUGGUUUCCAAAUCCACACGCAAGAAUUGUUGAAAGGUUCCUUGGAACGCAGAUGGGAAAGUACUCAAUAAGACUGUCGAGUAGAAUAGUCGUGUAUUUGCGUGGUGCGUAUGAGUGCCGCCACGGCAAUUAAUUGUUGAUUUGAGAAUUUGUAAGUUUGUGUAUACCCUCCGGGCUCGCCGAUGGGGCGUGACCCGGGGGAACAAGCCCAACUACUUAAGGCACUACACGCGAAACUGUACAAAAUUUAGACAUAAGGUUCAUGAAUCACCAUUACUUUAUAUGUAGUACGAAUAUCCUUACUUUGUUACGAAUACAAUAAUCAAUACCAAAAACCUUUAACCGUAAGGAUCACUCGUUGUGGCCACCGCAGGAAAAUUCUUAGCUCAGCUAGUCAAAUAUGAGUUUCCAAAUAUACUUUAUAAGAGCAAAGAACUUUUUGGUAUUCGUAGCUAAUCGCAGGGCGGCAACUUUUGGUUAUUUUCAUCCGACAUUUCCAUUUUCAGUUUGAUUUUUCAUGGAUAUUUGAGAGUGUAAUGUACAUAGAAGGUUCGUUGUAAGGGAAGCAGCGGCUCACCUAAGGAGAAAUUGUUUAUUUGCAGUAGUUUUGACAAACUAUCAUUUAUAUUUGUAAAAACAAACGGAACAGCAUUUUAUGUGUAUAGACUUUAACAUAAUAUAGCAAUAAAGGAACGAAUUUUAAGGAUAUUUGGCAAAAUUUUAACAAAGUGGUAUCCACGUUUUUGUCACUAUGUAAAUUUACGCUAAUUAUUUGAUGCAGGAGUGGCUUUUGCAAUUCCAGUUGCUUAGGUUGCUUUUAAUAAAGUUAUUGACGUAAAA